AUGUGUUACGGUCACAACAAUCAAUCGUCGUUAUCUCGAAGCAGCCUCCGUCGCCGAUCGUACGACGGAGACAGCGACGAUACGGUGGUCGAUGAUCUUCGAGAUCGGCUCGCGGAGACGGAGGCGAGGCUGCGACGAGCUAGGGCAAGAGAAGCGGAGCUUAGCCGUCGAUUAGAGCAAAUGAAGAGAUUCGUUUCCGUUAUGGAGAUCAUAGAGACUUUCUUGGAACGAAGAUUCCAAGAGCAGAAAGAUCGAAUCGGUCGCCUUUUCUCUCCGUUAUCGACGAAGUAA